AUUCGCUCUAUUUCCUGCAGUCGUCCUGGAAUACUGGAUGUUAGCACAAUGGAGUCGCUGUGUUCUGAACUGAACAGCGCAGUGCAGCAGCUACAGCUGCAAAUAGCUGCAGUCGACGAGAGAUCCAAGCCAUUGCUCACAGAAUUGGCAACUCUUCGAGCCAAAACUGCAGCUCUAAACCAAAAGCGUGAAAAAUUGGAGAAGGAGCUGGCCUGCAGUCACCUGUUGCAGCUGACGCGGUCCUGGCACGUGCAGCAGGCGGCCGCCCUGCAGACCAGGGCGAGGGAGGCUCUGGCGCCCCUCCUGCAGGAGGAACGCGCGACAGAACGCGCCCUAGCAGCACGUCAGACAGGGACGCGUGCGUUGACAGAACAGACGGCGGCGAGACGGAGGCAGUGGGAGGCGUGGUGCUCAGACAGGCGCUCGGACGGCAUGGAGAGCGUCCUGUCCAGACAGGUGCGCGAUGAGGAAGACAAAGUGCGUGCAAUGAAGGAGCGCCGUGCAGCCGUGCCUGCGCCAGCGACGCUGUCGUGCAGCACCAAGAGCGUCAACGAGCGAUGUCGUGCCGUGAAGCUGCGAGUGGUCAAGGAAGAAGAAAAUCUCUCCGCAUUAAUGAAGCUUUCGUCGGAAAAUCCGGCAACAAAUGGGACUAAUUUUUCCAUUUCACCGGAGAACUGCGAAGAAAUUGAUCGCAUCGAGCAAGAGAUCGAGAACCUUCGUCAAAAAAUUGAUCGAAAUCGGGCUUGGUUGAGUUGUAAUAACACAGAAGAUUUGGAAAUCAAGGACGACAUUGACGUGGGAGGCCCGCGAAGCAGCAGUCCUCUCCUGAUCGUCGGAGAUGAGCCUGAGAAUACGAACCCUGUACAUGCCAUCGUCGGUCAUAAUGACCAAAUAAACCUAAUUUCCCAAGAGCAAACAACAGAGGGAUGUGCAGGACAUAUUCAAGAUGAAGAAACUGAGGAUGGAAUAGAUAAUGGAGAAGUGAAAGCCAAGAAAGAAAGUAAGGCAGUGGCGGCGGCGAGAGCUCGACUGGAAGCAAGCCUACGUAAGCGAACGAUGUUGUCUAAACGCGUAGACGAACUCGAGAAAACACUGGCUGACAAGAAGAAAAUGUGAUUCUGAAGUAAAUAUUUGCUUGUCUAUGAGCAGAAUAAGUUAAUUGAAGGAGAUAUUUUUAAAUAUAGCUAAAGAAUGAAAUCAUGUAACUUUCAUGACUUUUCUCAUGAUGAGACGGAGUGAAUGCGAGGAUUGGGAGAAUGAGCAAAAUAAAUUAGCUGACAAAGAUAAAAAGAUAAUCUCGUGAAAAACUCUAUUUAAAUUAUUAACUUGUACGUAGAAAGCACUCGUACGGCGUUAGAAGGUAACGACUAGCAAACACGAGUGUGGCUCGCAGCUAUGAACUGCGAGUGAGAAGAGGAAUUAAGUUCUAUCCUGAUGGCUCUCAUGCACUCGUUGAAACUUAUGGCUUUUGAGAUGAUAGCUAGCAUCUCAGAAGAAAAUUAUUAGAUUAUAAUUGAAACUGAAAUAUAACUGUAACUUAAAUAAUCUGGCGCAUGUUGCAAGUAGGAAGAACGUUUAAUGGCAACUACAUUUUAGAAAUUUUCAAGCAGUUAAUAUCGAGUUCUUUGUUUAAACUAAAUUGAUAGAGUAAACGAUGCGUUUUCAUCACUUUUAUUAAAUUAGCGUCGAGUAAGUGAAAUGAUUAAGGCUUCUUUGUUAAUAAUUAUUCGUUCAAGUCAAGUUCAGGUGGAAUAAAUGAUCGUGGCAUUCUAAGCAAAAAUAAAGAGCACAAACUCAGGAAGCGACACACGUUCACAUACCAUCUAUAAUUACCUUGAUUAUUAAUGAACGUAUCAAGUGUGGCAAUGAAACACAAGAGGAGGCCACAUUUAAUGAGAUAUUCCUAGCUCAACAAUACAAAGGAGCUCUACAUACACGGCAACCGAACGACUCCA